AUGACCUUCAAGGACAGUCACCGGCCUAUACAAACCCCGCAUGAAGACCCUCUGGUUGUCGAGAUGAAGAUAGCUAACCUUCGGGUGGGCCGCGUUUUGAUUGACAGUGGAAGUUCUGUGGAUAUAAUCACUAUGGAUUGUUUGAGGAAACUGAAAUAUGAAGAAAAAGAUCUUAUUCCCAUCGACCAGCCGCUGGUAGGUUUUGGAGGCCAAUCAGUUCACCCACUAGGCUCGGUCAAGCUACCGACACGGUUGGGGGAAAAGAAGGCAGGUCGAAAUGUCAUUGUCGAUUACCUCGUAGUCGACACCUGCCUUCCCUACAAUGUGAUCAUUGGACGACCCACUCUCAACAAAGUAAAGGCUGCCAUCUCAACGUAUCAAUUACUUUUGCAGUUCAAAGGGGAUGAUGGAAAGGUCGCUCAACUAUUCGGCGAUCAGAAAUCUGCUCGCGAGUUCUACUUCAAUAGCUUGAAAUGCAAGACGGAGGGACCCACUCGAAAGAGGAAGAGCCCCGAGCCAGAAGAGCCCCUACCUGUCAUGGGAAUCUAUGUGGCUGAUAAUCCAAAGCGGUAUGAGCGACCUCAUCCCGCCGAUCGAGAUGAAGAAGUAUGCAUUGAUGAGAGGCGGGGUCGCACGGUUCGAAUAGGGAAGCAGGUUCCCAAGGAGACCAAGGUCCAGAUCUUAGAGGUCAUAAAGGAAUUUCAGGACGUCUUCGCUUACUCCGUCGAUGAGAUGCCUGACAUUGAUCCCAAUCUCAUGGUUCAUCGACUCAAUAUUCGGGAAGGGCAUCGGCCAGUCAAGCAGAAGCUCAGGCACCAGGGAGCCGAGAGAAGUGCAGCAGCCUACGAGGAGGUGCAGAAAUUGUUGGCCGCAGGAUUCAUUCGAGAAUGUCAGUAUACUGAGUGGCUGGCCAAUGUGGUCUUAGUCCGUAAGCAAACCGGAGCAUGGAGGAUGUGUGUCGACUUCACGGAUCUGAACAAGGCCUGUCCGAAAGACGACUUCCCCCUUCCUAAGAUCUACAGGCUCGUCGAUUCGACAGCCGGUCAUGCAUUAUUCAGCUUCAUGGAUGCCAAUGCGGGAUAA